AUGGCAAAGAAAACACCAAAGCUUAAACCUUCAAAAGAAGCUACUCCCCCUCCAGAUCCGAAAGCUAAAGGUAAAAAAACCAAUGAUAAAGCCGCCAAUGGUAAUGGUAAAUCAAAUAAUGUGUCAAAUUCACAAUCUCAAACAACCGAUAGACCUGCAUCUACAAAUAGACCUUCAAGUGGUAAAACUCCAAUAAGUUUACUCCAUGAACAUGCACAACGAUCAAAAUGGGAAAAAGUCCAAUAUGAUAUGAUGAAAGUUAAAGAUGGAUUUGUUGCUACUGCUAUAUUACAAUGGAAAGAUCCAAAAGCUAAUGAAAUGAUUGAUGUCAAAGUUAGACAUGACUUACCAGCUAAAGAAACUCCAAUAGAGGCGAGAUAUUUUGCCGCUACUGCUGCUCUUCAUCGUGUUUGUUUCAAUAAGAAUCUACAAAUGGUUCUACCGAGAGAGUUCAAAGAUACUUGGGGUCAAUUAGAAUCAGAAAGAAAGACUGUGUUAAAAGACAACAAAGAUAAGCAUGAUCGAUUAUAUACAAAUGAUCCUUUCAAAGUUUUUAUUGAAGAUCGUAAAAAUAAAGAAUCUAAAUCAAAAGAAAGAGAAAUACGAUUGAACAAUGAAGCAAAAGUAAAGAAAACUCCAAUAGUUUUAACUUCUAUAAAACCAUCAACUACGUCAAAACCAUCCAAAAACUCCCAAUCCUCAAUUCAUAAAUCAACUAAUAGAUCAGAGGGAAAAAUCGCUAAACCUAUUCAUCGAAAAGCUGUUACUUUCCCUAAAAAAGUUUGGGAUAAUGCAGUGUCAUUUGGUUUCACAGUUCAACAAAGAGAAUUGAUCCAAAAGAUUAUUAAAUCACAUAUCCAGUGGAAAAAAGCAUCAAAUACAGAAACAUCUACAAAGCAGCUCUUGUUGAAUAUUGGGUUUAGAGCUUCCCAUGUUGAAGAAUCAUUACAGUAUCAAGAUCCAUUAUCAUUCUUAUUAUUUAAUGUUCCAGAAGAUGAUUUACCAGCUUAUUUCCAUGAUGUUAGCUCAAGUAAUGAUUCCGUUACUAUAGCUGAUAAAAAUGAAAGUUUGGUCAGAAAAGUCAUGGACUUUGGGGUUGGUAGACCUGAAGCUAUUGUGUCUUUAAAAGAAAAUGAUCAAAAUGUUUCAAAUGCUAUUAUAUCAUUAACAAGCAAUUUAGUGAAUUAUAAAUAUGAUGGUGAAUUAGAUCCGAUUGAAUCACAAGAACUUUGGGAAGAAGAAAUUUCUAGUUUGACGUCAAUUUUUGAACCUCAAGAUAUAAAGAUUAUAGAUGAUGGAACAGUUCAAAUGAAUUUGAAUGAUAUACUGUGUCUUAAAAUUUUCAAAUCACCAUCUUAUCCAAAUGAUUUAGCUGGUUUUAUUGUCACUACAAAAGAUGAAAAUCAUAAGAUACCCAACUAUGUCAAGAAUAAUCUUGUCAGAAGCCUAGCUCAAUAUUCUAUAGAAAAUUUACUAGGUAUGAGUUAUAUUUAUUCACUUGUUGAUUGGUUGAAAGAGAAUAUGGCUAAAAUCAUUGAAAAUCCUGGACCUUUAAUAAAACCUAAAGCUGAAUCAACAACAGUUGAUGAUUUAAAUAUUGAUGACCAAAAGACAACAAAGCAAAGACGUUCAUUUAGAUCAAAUCCUGAUACUACAUAUAUUAAGAAUGAUUAUGAAAAAAGAACACAAAGUUCCGAAUUCAAAUCAAUGGUUAAAUCUAGAACAAACUUACCAGCAUGGGAUGUUCAAAAACAAUUAAUUGAGACUGUUAAAUCAAACCAAGUCAGUUUAAUCACUGGUGAAACUGGUUCAGGUAAAUCAACACAAUUAGUUCAAUUCUUGUUGGAUGAUUUAUACGCAAAAGGGGAUUAUAAAACUCAAAUAUUCUGUACCCAACCAAGAAGAAUCUCUGCUAUUGGUUUAGCUGAAAGGGUUUCUGAAGAACGUGCUACUACAUGUGGUGAAGAAGUUGGUUAUAUUAUUAGAGGGGCUAAUAAAUCAAGUAGAAAUACUAGGAUUAAAUUCUUGACUACUGGUAUUUUAGUUAAAUUUUUACAAAAUGGUGAUGAAUUUUUGAAUAAUGCAAUUUUGGUUCUUGAUGAAGUUCAUGAAAGAUCUAUGGAAACUGAUUUAAUUAUAAUAUUGUUGAAAAAAUUAUUAUCAAGAUAUAAAGAUUUAAAAGUUGUAAUGAUGAGUGCUACUGUGGAUUUAAGUGUUUUUCAAAACUUCUUCAAAGGUUUAACUACAUGCCAUAUUAAAGGUAGAACUUUCCCAAUUGAAGAUUUUUAUUUAGAUCAUGUUUUAAGUAAAACAAAUUUCCAAAUAGAAAUGAAUGAUGAAUGGAUCACACCUAAAGCUGAUUCUAAAUUUUUUCAAAGUGGUAACAUUAAUUAUGAUUUAAUUGUUUCACUUGUCUCAAAAAUUCAUGUUGAUCUUAAAAAUGAAUCCAAUGAUGGUUCUAUUUUGAUCUUUUUACCAGGUGUUGCUGAAAUCAACAAAUGUGUGAAGUUAUUGAAUCAAAAUUUUGACAGUCCAUCUGUUGUUCUACCACUUCAUUCUGCUUUGACACCACAAGAACAACAUAAAGUAUUUGAAACGUUCCCAGGGAAAAGAAAAAUUGUUGUUUCUACUAAUAUUGCUGAAACAUCUAUUACUAUUAAUGACUGUGUUGUUACAAUUGAUUCUGGUCGUGUUAAAUCAAUGACAUAUAACUCAAUUGAUAAUACUACAAAACUUAUUGAAACAUUUGAAUCCAAAGCUGAAGCUAAACAAAGAAGAGGUCGUGCUGGGAGAGUUUCAAAAGGUAAAUCUUAUAAAUUAUAUACAGAAGAAACUUAUGAAUUCAUGUUGAAUAGUCCUAUUCCAGAAAUAAAGAGAAUCAACUUGGACUCAUUAUACUUGGUUGUUAAAUCUAUGGGUAUUAAGGAUGUCAUUGCAUUUUUAAAUACAGGUAUGGAUCCUCCACCUUUGAAUUCAUUGACUAAAUCUGAAGAAUUGUUGAAAUGUGCUGGUUUAAUUGAUGAGUAUGAUGAUUUGACUGAAUUGGGUAGCUUUAUCAGUUUAUUGCCUAUUAUUGAUCCAAAACAUGGUAAAUUAUUGAUUUUUUCAAUCAUCUUUGGCUGUGCUGAUAUUGGUAUUUUAACAGCUUCAAUUUUAAGUGUUGGUUCACCAUUUAUUAGAAGUGUUGAUUCUAGAGAUGAGGUCAAAAAUAUUUUAAGUAAAACUAAACACCUUGGUGAUCUAGUAUCAACUGUUUUAAUUGUGGAAGAAUAUUUUAAAAUUAAAACAUCAAGUGAAAAGAGAAAAUUUAUGAAUCAAAAUCAUUUAUCAUUCACUAAAAUUAAUGAGAUUUCCUCAGCUAAAACUCAAUAUCUUUCAAUCUUACAAGAUAUUGGCUUCUUACCAUUGAAGUACAAAGAAGGUGAUCAGCGUUUGAAUAAGAACUACAAGAAUGAUAAUUUAAUCAAAUCAAUCAUUACAGGUGCUUUCUAUCCCCAAGUGGCUCGUGUUCAGCUCCCUGAUCCUAAAUUCUUCAAUACAUCAUCUGGUGCUAUUCAAAAAGAUCCUGAAGCUGCACAAACUAAAUACUGGAUUAGAAAUGAAGAGUUUAUCUCAUCAUUAGGUAAGGAAGAUUCUAAUGAAGCUUCAACAGAAGAACUUCCGGCAACAAGAGCAUUUAUUCAUCCUUCCUCCGUUAUGUUUGAUACAAGCUCAGGUACUUCAACGCCACAAAACAUUGUUCCAAGUGAUUAUAAAACUGAUAGAGAAGAUGGUUUGGUUGAUUUUGGGGUCUUACAACAAAGACAGAUUGAUUUCACACCACAAUUGAAAAGUGCUAAAAAUAAAGCAAUCAAAUCACCAUUUGUUGUUUACAAUUCAUCUUCACUUACUUCAAAAUUAUUUUUGAGAGAUGUUACACCAACUUCAACAUUAUCAACUCUUUUAUUUGGUGGACCAUUGUCAUAUGAUUUGAAUUCAGUUUCUUCUGGCAAAACCUCACCAGGUAUUGUAUUGGAUAGUUGGUUACCAAUUAAGACAUGGUGUAAGAACGCAGUUUUAGUUAAAGAAUUGAGACUAUUACUUGAUCAAGUUAUAAAAAGUAAACUUGAAAACCCAGAAUAUUCAUCAUCGAAAUCUUCAGAUCAAAAUAAUGAAGUUUUGGAUUUAGUAAAUUUAGUACUCAAUAUUGAUAGAUAG